CGAAAGGUGACGUACGAUUGCACCGACGUCCAACGUUGUCCCUCCCGCCGCCAUGCGUAUUACGCUUGUUGUUGUUGAACUGAUUGUUAUGACUGGAUAAGGCCUCGGACUAAAUUAGGAGAGAACCCCCCGUCGCUGCCACGGGAGACCUGCCAAUGGAGGGCAUGGACAUAGACCUGGACUCGGAGCUCGUGCAGAAAUUCAACUGCAUGGGCACCACUGACAAGGACGUCCUCAUCUCAGAGUUCCAAAGACUGCUGGGCUUCCAGGUCAACCCGGCAGGAUGCGCUUUCUUCCUUGACAUGAGCAACUGGUGAGUUCGGGGAUGUGGGGCCUAGCUUGCAUAGUAGCUAGCUAGGUACCUUUUGAGUAGUCACGGAGGCUGUCUCUUUUUCUCUUUCAUGUAUCGCUAUAUAGCUUCUUGUGUCGAUGAUUUGCAUUGACUGUCAUUGCUGCUAGGACAUAGCUAGGCUAACGUUAGCUAUGUGAAACUGUAGCUAACGCCAGAUACAUUGUAAUAGAUUACCAUUGGCUAACUAAGUCUAGCUACCUUUGCUAAAAACAAAGGACGUAUUGCAACAGAAAUAUUCACCAUAGCUAACCUGACCAGAUUUGUUAAUUGUGUAACGUUAGCUAGCUAGUUGUGGUGUAGAUAUCAUGUUCAAGCUCGCACCAAUGGGCUCUAGGCGUACAUUUUAUAUCACCUAACAAGUGUUUGUGAUAUGAUGACGUAAUUUAAUCGGUAGUGAGAUAAACUAGCCUAAAACGACUAUCACUGAACAAAAUAAAACGAUCCUGAUAAAUGACCUCGACUCAUAUUCUUGCCAGGGGAAAUCAUUAUCAGCAAUAUUUUUUUUUUUUUCUUAUUUUAAAUGUUGUUGUGAAGUAGUUUCAGGAACUGGAUCAGGUUUGAAUACUUGCAAAUUAAACAUGACAUUGACUCACCCACUCUUCUCAAUGCCUUUUGCCAUUAAAAUAGGAAUCUACAGGCAGCCAUCGGUGCCUAUUAUGAUGUUGAGAGUCCCAGCAUCAACACACAAUCCAUGUCCUUUGUGGAGGAUGUUACGAUUGGUGAGGGAGAGUCUGUUCCCCCCGACACACCAUUCACAAAGAUCUGGAGGAUACAGAACACAGGUGGGGUUACCUUUCAGUCAUCCGGAUCAUAUCACCCUACCUAUGAUUCAUCAAUGUAAAGUCACACAAUAAGAAAAACCUUCACUGCAAUGUAAGACCCGGAAACCACUCGCCUGUAAACGUGUGUAAUCUCUUUGUCUGUCUGUUUCACAGGUGCAGAUUCCUGGCCACCCGGGGUAUGUCUGAAGUACAUUGGAGGGGACCAGUUUGGCCACGUCAACAUGGUGAUGGUGCGCUGUCUAGAACCCCAGGAGAUCUCAGAUGUCAGUGUGCAGAUGCGCAGCCCCGCUGCUCCCGGCAUGUACCAGGGCCAAUGGAGGAUGUGCACACCCACAGGGCUGUUUUAUGGAGGUAGGUCCAGAACGGCGCAGAUACACUGUUUUGUUGACAAUUUGUUUUAUAAGGGUGUAACCAAUUCUAGAAAUAAUCCACACACGUUAACCUUUGCAUGUUUGUGGCAGGUUAGCGUUUAUCGUCAUGGAUCUUGCUCUGGAGGCAGCUCGGCCGAGUGGUCAGUAGUUGGCACAGCCACAAAGUCAUAAAAUCUGAUUUUAAACCUAACCUUAACCCUAACCACACUGCUAACCCUAAUGCCUAACCUUUAAUUAAGACCAUAAAGCAAAUGUUUGUUUUCAUGGAUUUUUACAAUAAAGCCAAUUUUGACUUUGCUGCUGGCCCAUCUAGCAGAAAUUACUCAGUUCUGCCUCCAGGGCAAGACUCAUGACAAUAAACGUCAACCUGCAUGUUUGUGUGCUAACUAGAGGUCUUCACGGUUUCAACAGACCUGAAAUUCCGAGAUCCGACAUGGGACCGUAGCGGGUGUGGGUCCUAAAUUCUGACUUUUGUCAUAGAUCUGGGUCGGGUCUGAUAUAAUUGCCACUGGUCUCGGAUAUGUGCAAUUAAAAUGUCUUUACCGACUGGACCCGAUUGGAUCUGUCUUCUGUUAAUUUAGAGUUUGUGUGAUGAGAACUGCGAGCUUGUUAUCUGUUUUAGCCAAUUGCAACUCAAUAAAACGUACAGCUUAUGUCCAGCUGAAACUGGUGCGCCUGCUGCUGAGGAGAGGGAAAGAGAGAUGGCCAGUAAAAUGGGUCUUGGCCUAAGCUACUGUUGAUUGUGAAGAUGAAGUCCUUUUUCAUUGAAGUAAAACUAAAGAUAGAGGAGAAAGAGUUCAGGGAAAAGAAGCCGACGAGGGGAAUGUCCUCGGGGACAAGUUUUAAUAUUGUAGUGGACAAAGAAGAACGCUGGCGUGACCAAAUGGACUGUGUGCAACCCGCUAUUCAGGUUUGAUGCAAUUUUUGACCUUUAAUUUAUUUAUUUUUGUAUUUAUUAUCAAUUGUUUAGUCAUUAUUAUUAUUAUUAUUAUUCUAGGCAUAUUUAAUCAUCUAAACCAGUUCUUUAAAUAGCCUAUGCAAAAAGUGUUUUGUCUCAUUUUGUUGAUACAUUUUUGUUGGCUAAAUUAAGUUCUAACUGUCUUUUAAUUUUGUCCUCCCUAUUUAGUUUAAGGUUAAAAGUAGGCCUGUUGUAAAAUAAAUAGCAUUAGCCUAUUAAUGUCAUUUGUUGGGUUGGCCUACGGUAGGCCAAUCGCCUUUGUUGGUCAUUAAUUUAAUGCUGCAAUAUAAUAACCUGUUCGUAUUUCCCCUAUAAACCAUGACUUGACUUGACUUUUCAUAUUACCCUAAUAAAUUUAAGCAACUUUUGUAAUAAUAAAAUAAUAAUAAUAAUAUGCCAUUUAGCAGACGCUUUUAUCCAAAGCGACUUACAGUCAUGUGUGCAUACAUUUUUACGUAUGGGGGUGGUCCCGGGGAUCGAACCCACUACCCUGGCGUUACAAGCGCCGCGCUCUACCAAUUGAGCUACAGAGGGGUAUGGCUAUUAUUAGGGUUAGCUACUGCAGGCUUGUCUCCUUUAAUAUUUAUUGGACGCAUAGGCCGAUAUGCAUGCAAUGCCCUGAUGCAUUUAUCGCUCAAAUCUCCAACAGCUGAACCGUGAGGUAGACAAUUAUUGUUUUAGGAAAGUAAAAAUGGAAAAAGCAAUAAAUAUAAUAUAACGUUUUGAAUAUGCUGCACAUCGAAACACAACAAAUAUUUUUUUUGUAAUUUGUUAUAGGCCGUUUUUAAGGACAUGUCACUGGAUCAUUUAGCCAAUAUGGCUUGUUUAUUGACGGCGCUGGCAGAGCCCAGUUGGAGGUUUCUUUCUCUCUUUCUACUCUCAGAUCCGAACCAGCACGGGUCUGUUUGGGUCUGUUUUCCACGGUCCUUUUCGGAACGUGCCUGACUGUCCUCUGGUCCAUUUGGAACGUGUCUCAAUUUUGCAAAAAAAAUAUUAAUGCGUAUUGGGUCUGGUGGGAAAGCCACGGAUCCAUUUCGGAACCAUGAAGACCUCUAUUGCUAACGUUUUAGUGUGAAGUACUUUUUCAAGACAUUGAGUGGUCAAUCAAUGUCUUGAAAUUAGUCAACUUGACCAAAAUGUCAUGUAAACUCGUGAGUACUUUUUAUAAAUGAUUACUGAGCAUUUGGGGUAUUUAACUCCUAGCACUACCACCAGUGAUGUCUCCUGGACAGAACACGUCACCCUUAACGCCUGGUGUGUGUCACUCUCUCUGCCCACACAGACGUGAUCUGGGUGAUCCUCAGCGUGGAAGUGGGGGGCCUUUUGGGCGUGACACAGCAACUGUCCUCCUUCGAGACGGAGUUCAACACCCAGCCGCACCGCAACGUGGAGGGAGACUUCAACCCUUUCGCCUCGCCACAGAAGAGCAAACACGACGCCAGAGGCAACAACAACUUCAAAGAGCCUGGAGGAGCCUGGGAGGGCAGGCAGGAUGCCAUCCAGCAAGAUGAAAACGGACUGUCUCACAAUGCUGUAAAUAGAGCAUCGAAUGGGCUCCAAAACAAUCUAUCAGUAGUGACUUACAGUCAGGUAUGUAUGAAUGAAUGA